AUGUACUGUACUUCAUGCGACGUCAAGAAGCUCGAUCUCUGGGUUACGAGUUUUGAAGAUGCUAGGUACAACUUCAAGAUCGCUGGUAGCAUCGACAUCACCACUGACUCAUCAUACCAGUGGGACGUAAACAUACCAUUUGCAGCACUCGUAGCAAAUGAUUAUUGGGUAUUGCGCUUCACACCUGCUGGCGCACCAGUUGGGCCGGACGAUCCGUAUCCAGAGCAGAUUUCGUCUUCAGGAUUCUACAUCAACGGCCCUCCGCAACCAUCUACUAUUAUCAAUACAGUCACAGCCCAGCUGAGCAGUAAGUCCCUCAUGUGCUAA